GGCGGCGCCGGUGGCCCGGACAGUCUCCGCGGGGCCGGCCGGCGUGUGGCACCAUGAGUAGACUGUGUGACCUGACCUGCGGGUCGCCCUGUUACCUCCGGUGGCCUGUGGUGCGCAUUGUGGUGCUAUCAGUCGUAGGUGUCUUUAUGUUUUCCCUGCUGACGAGAGUUCGGUCCAAUGAACGAACUCCCAGGCCAGUACCGUUGUCAGCGCCGCUGGGAGCAGAGACACUGGUCGGUGCCGUGAACUCUGUGGAGGCGAUGAAGGCGCUCUACAAUUACCUGGAGCACCCGCAGCAUUGCUGCCGCGAUCUGCGACCUUUCGGCGGAACCCCAGGUCACAGCGACGGCUCAAAGAUGGUGUGUAUGGACGCGGAGGUCGCACCGCCGCCCGGCUCCUGUCUCGCGUACUCCUUCGGUGUGGCCAACGAUUGGAGUUUUGACCGAGCUAUGUAUGAGAACGGGUGCGAGGUGCAUUCGUUUGACCCCAGUGUGAACCACACCGAGGGUCGCACGCCAUUCGGGCCCGUCUUCCACCGCCAGGGUUUGUCGGGGGACGAGAACACCACCCGUGAGGAUGGCUGGAUCGUGAUGACUCUGGGCGACACAAUGGAUAGCCUGGGUCACGGGGACCGCACGCUUCACUACCUCAAAGUGGACGUGGAGGGUGCUGAGUGGACCUGGCUGGACGCAGAGCACGAGGAGGUACUGAACCGCGUCCGUCAGCUGGCCAUGGAGGUUCAUUUCCUCGAGCUGCAGCUGUUUGAGACUGAGGAAGAUCUGUUUGAGGUCCUGGAUGCGUACAUUACGUCGUUCGAGCUGUUGCGCAGCCUGGGUUUCUGUCUGGUGAGUGUUAGUGAAAACCCCAUCAACCCAGGCCGUCGUGUGAUGCCCAGAUGGGGGGAAGAGAAGGCGACGCUCUUUGAAGUGCUGUGGGUAAAACGGUGAUUUUGUCAGGGUAUAUUAAUUAGUAGGUAUGCUAUUAAUAACCUUAUGCUCAUAUUAGUAAUUAUAUUCAAAAAGAAAAGUAAAAAUUAAUAUAUUUCGACUUGCGCCUUCAUCAGAAUAUGAGAUCAAUUUGUCGACACACGAAAUAAAACUAAGACGAUUCACUGAGUACAAACGUGCAUAAAUAAACGGUGGCCUUCAAUUCAAGAUUAGGGUUACACAUUUAGUAGGUCGAAAUUCUAUCAUCAUCAUAGGUGUACAUAAAUAAACACAACAUGACAGUCAAUAAAACUGAACACGUAUAAUACAUAUUUAACACUUUGUAAUACAUAUUUAUAGAAUGAUAUAUAGUACAUACAAGUGAAUAUGAUACAUAACAGUGAAUAUGAUACAUAAAGAAUGUCAUAUAAUAUACAUACAUGAGACAAUACAUCAUACAUAUAAUGCAUAAAUACAAUACCAGGUAUGUUAAGUACAAUACGAAAUACAUAUAUGGUACAUAGAACAGGAUACAUAUUUACAUCGUAUACCAAAGUAUUUAAGUAUGGUUCGUCGCAGAGGAGCCAUGUGUAUAUGCUGGUGGUCUGAGGAGGGGCCAGGAUGACGUGUGUGUGUUUAGAGAGGGUUUUUGGUUCCGAAUUUCAAUAGAUUCUGAUAUCUUAAGGUCCGCUAC